AUGAAGCGGGAUGCAUGGUUGGCUGUAUUGCAGUCAAUGCCGUGGGUGCCUUGUGCAGAGAGUAGUGGAUUACCACGAUAUCGCGCAGUGGAGGCGUAUCAUUGUACAUAUUGUGCCUAUACCGUUUGUGCUUCUUGCUAUAACGCAAUCCCCACGGGUCUUCUUCUUUCUGCACGGGAAUCAAACAGCACGGUAAGAGGCUCCGGUGGACAAAAACAACAACAACAACAACAUUAUAAUGGCACUAACGAAGAUGAGUUCUGCAAACCGCAGUGUUUUCUCUGCCGCCGGGGUGUUCUCGUGCUGGAGUCGGCACCAGUGUAUGAAUGGACGUGUGAGGGGCCGCGACCUGCACGGCGAUUACUCCGCGGUGUGGACGCAUCGUACGAUAUGGAUGUUGUGCAGCGAUAUUAUACAAUGAAGGAGCAGCGGGAGAAACGUGCUCACUCGAAGGCCCCACUCAUCGCACACUUUCACAGUGCUGAUCCACCGCAUUGGCACUUUGCUAGUAAUAGUAAUAGUAAUAGUAGCAGUACAAGUUAUAACAACAUCCAUAAUAAGAAUGGGACUCCUGUGGAUGUCUUUGGUAGUGGUGCAACCUGUCGACGUCCUUCAUGUGAAGAGGGAAGUGGUUUUGUUUUCUCUAUAGAGAAUCCACGUAUGCAACAGUCAUGUGUCUGGUGUGCGGUGAAUCGCCAGCUGCGGGAUAAUCACCCAUCACUUCUCGGUGAUGCCACCAUAACUCCACUGCAGACAUUCUGGUGUCCACCAUCACUGCCGGGUAUCCCACCACGGCUAUUUCGUGUUGAGGUUCCGUACGGUGUAUACGGACUGCAUAAUGUUCACGCUCUUGCCUUAUAUCUUACGGAUGAUAUCUUUCGAAAAGCUACAACAAAAUUACAAAUGUCAAAUGGAAACGCAAAAACCAUGGGAGAAAAUUCAGAACAGCAAAAACAAUCACUACAUGGACAAUUAACGUCUGGAAAAGUACUUCCAAGAGAUGUUGUGCGGCCACUUAUUAUUGUAGAUAUUCUCCACCGCGUUGCUAGUAGUGAGCCAUUACGAGGACUUUUGGAUGUGCGAUGGUUUAUUUCUCAUGUAUUGAAAGAUAGUCAAAAUACAUCCCCCGAGUUGAGAUCGCAGCGUAGUGUGAUAGCUGAAGAGCAUUCUGAUACCAAGAAGAGUCAGGAAGAGUGUGAAGUGGUAAGGAAUGAGGGAAAAAUGAGAGAAGGUAAUGCACAGGAAAUCAAGGGACAACCAGAAAAUCUUUCUUCUACUACCGUUCAGAUACCAGAAUGUGAUGAAAAAGAAGAAAAAGAAAAAGAAGAAAAUAAGGAUGGAAAUUAUACAUUUACAUCAUGGCCUUAUGGUUUAAGAUGUGAUGAGUUACUUUUAACAGUGGAUCAUCUCUUGCAUGGUCGAUCUGUGGGUGUUUAUGGUAUUGCUUCAAAGUAUUUCUUUCUUCAGCACGUCUCUCAGAGUGCUGAAUUACGUUAUCAUGGUGUUGUAGAGGUGGAUGGAUAUCGUUCCACUAAUCAUCAAGUAGUACGACAGUUACGUGAUGUCAGAAAACAUUUGGCAGAUCAACAGCAACGAGCUGAACGAGAAUUACUGCGGAGUUUAUUUCAGCAAAGUGCCCAUGCUGAACCUUACGGAGUUGAUGAUCGUUCUGGAGCUCCUGCACGAGAAGCCCAGCAGGAACAAGAAGAAAAAGAGGAAGAAGAAGAUCAUCAGCAAGAAGAACAUUACUAUCACUCAGUAGACUCAUCUCCACAGUGUUCUCAGCGGAGUCAGUCGUACCGCACACCGGUGAGAAGUCUAGCGAGACACGAUGGAAUGAGUCAGUCACGACGACGGUACACAAAUGAGAUGAACACGAAUGUAGAUGAUGCUUUAUUUACACUCAAAUCAUCUCGACUCGCUACACCACCACCACCACCACCAUCAUCAUCAUCAACACAAGAGAUAAAAGGUGGUCUACCACCCUGUUCUCCUGCCCCACACGCUGGUCAGCGAGAAGAUUCUAUCAUUCUCGUGCAGGGAGAUGAACAGGAAAUGGGAAUAAGAGGACGACCACCCUUAUAUCCACCGAAUAGACAACAUCCACCACCACCAACAACAGAAACACAACAACAACAACAAACACAGAAGGGGAGUUCAGACAGGAUGUGUUUUGCAGAUCGCAUCUCACAUUCGGAUGAGAAGGGGCGUACAUGGUCGCGGUGGCAUUGGCUGCGUGAACACUCUAAUUGGAAUUUUGACGUGCCCUUUCGAAGUGCUCACACCAACAAACGACCCCGAGAGGAGGGAGAAAAAGAAAAAGAAGAAACAUCGAAACAACAACAACAACAAGAACUGUCCUCGCAUGAGCGAGGCCCACGUGUACCGCGUUUUGUAAUUUCACCGGAAAUUCUUAAGCCUCUCCGUCUGGCAUGUCGUGCACCACUGCGGUCAUGCAUUAGUUGGAUGUCACUACCAUCACUCACGGCACAUCAUCUCAUUUCAGACAAACUGCCAUCACCAGCGACGGGUAUUACUCCACCACUGCGUAGUGGAUAUGAUAAUACUCCUGCAGGUCGUCAUACACUUCUCAUUGUACAUGGAGUGGAUCAGUUAGAUGCAACUUUACUCUUGGAAUUGCAAAGUAUUGCACGUGAGUACCCAUACCGUAUUGUAUUGCUCUGUUCCUUUGAUGAUCCUAAGUGGCCAACAUCAAAUAGUGCAGCCUUAUUGGAUCCAUUUCGCAUGUCUUAUGUUCAUUUACGAUCUUUAUUGCUACCUCGAGUACAUGAAAUGUCAGGUAUCAAUAGUCUAGCACUGCUUACUGAGAUGGAGGCCUCCGCAGCAGGAGGCGGUAAAUUUGGAAACUACAAUAACCGCGGUAGGAACAGCACUGGUGGUUUUGCAGGAGGUGCGGGAUUGCCGUUGCAUGACACAAUUCGACGUAUUUUAUUUAGUUUACCUGCCACUUUCAGUGAACUGCUACGCUGUAUGAUUGCGAGACAGGAGGCUGCUGGUGAAAAUGUUUUUAUUCCAGUUAGUUUACACCAACAACACUUUGAUGAAUGUGGUCUGAUGGUUUCGAUGGGUCGUCUAAAGGCGAUUGAACGGGAACUCACAUCCAAUCGUUUAGCUAUAUUUAAUUCGGCGGAAAAUAAAUUGCUGAUUCCACAACAUCGCAGAUUACUUAAAGUGUUAGAAGAAGUGGAAGCCCAGCGGCGAGGGUCAAAUGCCGCAGCGGACGGAACAGGAGGGGGCGUGUCGGCGCCAGUGGAGGCGUAA